UCUUCGCACCGGUUCGGGGGCAUGGAGGCGGCGGCGGCGGCGGAGGAGGAGGAGGAGGAGGCGGUGUGGGCGUGGAGUUGGGGCGCGGGAACGGACGGGCAGCUCGGGAACGGCGGCUUCCAGGACCACCAUCUCCCGCAGCCGCUCCUCCUGCCACCUCGCUGCCGCGGUCUGGUUUCCUUCGUCGCCGGCGGUGGCGCCCACGCUAUCGCCCUCACAAGUGAUGGUGAAGUAUUUACUUGGGGAAGAGGUACACAUGGUCAGCUUGGUCAUGGGGACGUGGAGAACAUCCCUCAUCCAAAGCUUGUAAAGUUCUUUGAGAACUACAUGAUAACCUGUGUGUCUGCUGGAUGGAACCAUUCUGGAUUUGCUACAGAUUCUGGACAGCUUUUCAUGUGUGGAGAUGGUUCAUUUGGACAGCUCGGUGCUGGUGAUAACCACCCAAGAAACUUACCUUUUGAAGUGGCAUACUUUACCACAAAGCAUGUUGUGAGGCUUGCACUUGGGAUGCGUCAUUCUCUUGUCCUUUUGAAAGAUAAUUCUGUCUAUGGAUUUGGCUCAACAAGACGGGGACAAAUUGGUAGAUGCACUAGGAACCAAAAGUUCUAUGAUGUUCCAAGAAUAAUUGAUGGUUUUCCAGACUGUAAGAUAGGGAAUAUAUAUGCCAAUGGAGAUCACAGUGCUGCAUUGGAUGAAUCUGGUCAGUUGUACAUCUGGGGAAGAGCAUUAAUUGGUGAACAUGAUGAUGAUCAACCUCGGCCAGUCUUUCCUUCUUUGGGUAUUUCUCAAGUGGCAUUAGGAUGGCAUCAUGCAUUAGUUUUAUCUGUUACAGCAGGUGAAUUGUACACAAUUGGCGCUUACCGUCAUCGUAAGCUUGAUCCCCAUGUGUUGCCAAGUGCAGAGCCAGUGCAGAGACUAAAUCCCGCCACAACAAGCCAUAGUCAUGAUGAAUCAUCCUCAUCAUCAACACUGGUGAAGGUUCCCUGUGUUGAUGGAGAACAGGUGGUGCACAUAGCUGCUGGCACUGAACAUUCUGCUUCGGUAACAGAUAAAGGAACAGUCUUCACCUGGGGUUGGGGAGAGCAUGGACAGCUUGGUUUGGGAGAUACUUGUGAUCAAGUGACUCCACAGAGAGUUAAUAUAGGUGAUAAGAGGCCAUGUUCUUCUGCUUCAGUUAACGUCUAUUGUGGGAGUGGAUUUACCAUUGCGGUGAAUUCUGGCUUAGAGUCUGAUUAGUUAGUAUCAUGCUGGAUUCCCCUUUAUGGCUAGUACAGAAGCAAAACAUCAGAUCCAUUCUUGUGUUGUCAUUGGAGUAAAAAUUAAGUGUGCAACAUGAUUUGGUCAAUUUCUUUUGUGAUAACUUUACCAAUCCCGGGCUAUAUUUACCUUAUUUGGACUCCA